CUAGGAGUGGAGGGCGGUACCUGGUUGUCUAGGAACCCCAGGGGCUCUGAGCUAAGAGAUAAGGGAGGUAACCCUAGCCUGAGGGACCAUUCCAGAAAGCCAGCUACAGAGGAGAUCGAGGGAGCAUUAUGUCUUCCCUCAACACUGAGGAUACCCUGCAAGAGCCCUUGCCCUCGCCUUCAAGCUCCAAGAAGAAAAAGAAGAAAAGAAAGUGGCCACGGCAAGAGGCCAGAAUCCAAGCCCUCACCAGGGCUGGCCACAGGGCCCUAUUGGCUGGUCAGAACCAUGAGGCCUUGACCAGCUUCCAGAGGGCCUUCCUCCUGGCUUCCAAGUCACCACAAACCAGGGACACCCCUGUUCUCCGGGCCUGUGCCUUCAACCUGGGGGCUGCCUACGUGGAGACUGGGGACCCAGCCAGAGGGCUUAAGCUGCUCCUACGAGCUCAACCUCAAGAGACAGCCCAGGGCGGGUGUCAUGGCGACCAGUGUUUCAACGUGGCUUUGGCUUACCACGCCCUGGGCGACCUGCCUCAGGCUUUGGCCUGGUAUCACAAGGCCCUGGGCCACUACCAGCCACUAGGUGACCAGGGGCAAGCCCAGGCAAAAAUGGGAGCCUGCUACCAGGCUCUGGGACAGCCUGAGCUAGCAGCCCACUGCCUGCAGGAAGCGAGCCGGGCCUACGCCCAAGCAGGGCAACCCAGGGCUGCAGCCCUGACACUGGGGGCUGCAGCGGGCUGUAUGCUGAAGAGCGGGCAGCAUGGGGUGGGUGAUGUGCUGCAGGUGCUGGAGGAGAGCCGGAGGCUUGCUGAGAGGAGCACUGAGCGAGGACUGCUGGGGCAACUCUAUAACGACCUAGGCGUGGGCUAUUCCCAGCUCCAGCUGUUCCCGCUAGCAGCAGAGGCCUUCCAGCAAGCCCUGCCCCUGUGCCGGGGGCCAGGAGAGGAGGCCACAGUGCUAAGAAACCUUGGGAUGGCCCACAAUGCCCUCGGCAACUAUCAGGAAGCCCGGGAGUUUCACCAGAAGGCUGCCGACACACACGGCUCUGUGGGGCAGCGGUGGGAGCAGGGCCGGAGCUUUGGAAGCCUGGCAUUUGCACUGAGCCAGCUGGGAGACCACAAGGCUGCCAGAGACAACUAUCUACAUGCUCUGCAGGCUGCCCGGGACACUGGGGACGUGAAGGGGCAAUGGCAGGCCUGUGAGGGUCUGGGGGCUGCUGCAGCCAGACUGGGGCAGCAUGACCAGGCUUUGAAGUACUAUAAGGAAGCGCUGGCCCGGUGUCAGAAGGAGCCAGAUUCUGUGCGAGAGCGGCUGGUGGCCAAGCUGACAGACGCCAUAAGGACCCACUUGGCCCGGGGUGGGCUGCUCCCAACCCACACCCUGACCUCAGCUCCAGGGGGGCCCCAGGCUCCAGGUGGGGCCUGCCCCGUGGUGGGGACCCCAGCCAGGGUGGGAAAAGGCACAGCAGGAGUGCGGCACAGAUUUUCCGAUAGGUGGGAAGAUGAGUUAGAGGAGGGCCACAAGGGGAAAGAGGAAGAGUCGGCGAAUGUUCUCACGACGGCUUGGACACCAAGACUGGAGCGUCCAAGACCCAGGGCCAAUCUCUCAUUUGGAGGCCAAGGCCCCCUCAGAAUGGAGAAUCCUGGCCUUCUGGUCACCAACGGCCCCCACAGCAAGAGCAAUCGGAACAACCCUCACCCGGCUCUGGAGGCCCAGGGUGUCCCCUGCCUCCUGCACAGCCUGAGUGUAGCCCUCAGCGAAAGGGAGAGUCCUGCUGAACUGGGGGACAGGCGGCUUAAGCCUACUGCCUCCUGCCCUGGAGCCUGCGAGCAGAGGUCAUCCAAACAGCCCAGGGAACCCCCCAGCAGGAACCCUCAGAGGAGAUCCACUGAGUCUGGCUUCUGCAUGAUCAUGUGACCCUCCCCUGCUGGCCACAGCAUGGCCCCUGCAGUACCUCCUCAACAUACACACUUCAGGGGCUUCUGGGGCUGAGCCCCUUCCCAGUCAUUCCCAGUGAGCACUGUAUGGACACAGAAUACAAUGUCAGAAAGUGGGAUCCGGAGCAGGCUGGACAAAGGCUUUGCAGUCUCAGCACUGAGGAGGUCUGUGUGCUCCUUGUUGGGAUUUUUGGACUCAAUAAGCAAAAGAAAAAUGGAAAACAGAUGGUGAAUUUCCCCCCUUUCCUUCUGGAUUCAAACCUCACAACUGCUAAGGCCCCUGCCAGUUCUUAAAACCAUGACAUCUUGGUUAAGAGGCUUUGGAGUCACUGACUCCAUUUUCUCACAUGAGAAAUGGCGAUCUAAUGCUACAGAAGAUACGCCUUAACCAACCAAUGGAUGCAUUCCUCUUCCUCCA